AUGAACAAAAUCGAAAUCAUUACCCAGCCAGAAGCACAGAGCGCUAACAAGGACCCAGCGACCGGCACUGUCGACAAGCUCCAGGACCUUAUUCACCAGAACCCUCAGCCUCACGACAGUUCUCCCGAUAGGCCGUUGUCACCCUCAGAGGAAUUGAGCCACGAAGCCAGUGACACGUCUCAUAAGGACAAGAAGAACUCGGUACAGAUGCCCAACAAGGCCAAGGGAGAAAAGAUUACUGACCAUGAUGGGUUUGAGAUACCCCAGGGAAAAAUCCCAUUGGACGGGCAUUUUUCCACCAGUGAGAUCAAAGCCUUGGUGAAUUUGGCCAAGGAUGAGGGCUUUUUGAAGGAGUCGGUCGAGGUCCAGGUGGCCGACCACAGUGAGACGGUGGGGGAUAAAGUUGUGAUUGUGGAGCGAGCGAAUCAGUUGGAUGAGGACGAGAACAAGGCCAAGAAGUCUGAUUGA